AUGUUGAUGCGGGGGCUGCUUGUGGUGGUUGCUUGCUGCGUUCUAUCGUUGACGCACGUGGGGCAGGCCCUGCACGUGGACGCGCCGAUAAAGCGCGCCGCCGCGCGGGAGACGCCGAGCCACCUUGAGACGGUGCUCGUGGUCCCGGAGCUCAGGUUCCUCUUCUGCUACAUCCCGAAGAAUGCCUGCACCCAGUUCAACAAGCUGAUGGACGUCAUGAACGGCAAGCCGCCGGGGGCCGGCUGGCACCACCAGCUGUCCUCCGCCACCAGGGCGUUCGGGUGGAGCGACGAGCGCGUGAAGGGGCUGUUUCGCGACAAGACGUGGACCAAGGCCGUCUUCCUGCGGGACCCGCUGGAGCGGCUGGUGUCGGCGUGGCGCAACAAGUGCAGGCACGGGGCGCAGGAGUGCAGGACGUCGGGCGGCUGCCCGAACUGCAUCGACGGCGACUUCGAGGCCGCCGUGGGGAAGCUGCCGCACACGGAGGAUCGACGAGCAUUGGAUCAAGCAGAGCCGGUUUGGCGGCGGGCUGCCGAGUUUCAUAGGGGACUACGAUUUCGUCGGGCACACCUCGAAGAAUUUCACUGA